AUGGUAUUAUGCGCGACCUUCUUCCUUACUCGCUGCACCUUUGUCCUCAGGAAAUUCUCGACAUCCAAGUUGCAACUUCAGUCUGUUUCCCACUGUCAUAGUGUUUCUGGAUACCGAAUGCUCAUGCUAUGGGAGCGCUUAGUACAGGAUGCGGAUCCUGCAAAAGAAGAAGAGUCAAAUGUGAUGAAAAACGACCAUGGUGCUUACGCUGUUGUAAAGCAGGCAUUGAAUGCACCGGGUUUACACAACGGCUCAGAUUUGUGGAUGAAACGCCCCGCAUUCGAGGCUCCUUGA